AUGUUCUUGGCUAGACCGACCUCCGCCCGAGCACGAUCCUCCGACAGCGGCGCUCCUGCAUCACCUCCAUUCAACUCCUUAGGCUGGCCGCUGGACUUAUCGGAGCCGCGUGUCCUUGGGCUGGCAGCUGUCGGCGUGGUGUCGGCGUCUUUGAGCAGCUGUGCCCCUGCUCUUGACAAGCACAUCCUCACCGCUUGCGAGUCAAUCCGCAUCGCGCACGUCCAAUCGGCCCUCACCUCCGUGCUAUCAUAG